GAACGUACCAUCCUGUGCUCAUCAUGACUGGAAGAGGAAAGGGAGGAAAAGGCCUGGGUAAAGGAGGAGCCAAACGUCACCGAAAAGUGCUGCGGGAUAACAUCCAGGGCAUUACCAAGCCCGCCAUCCGCCGUUUGGCUCGGCGUGGAGGAGUGAAACGUAUCUCCGGCCUCAUCUACGAGGAAACCCGUGGCGUGCUGAAAGUGUUUCUGGAGAAUGUGAUCCGUGAUGCGGUCACAUACACUGAACACGCCAAGCGCAAGACCGUCACCGCUAUGGAUGUGGUGUAUGCUCUGAAGCGUCAGGGCCGUACUCUGUACGGUUUUGGAGGUUAAAUUCAACGUGCUCUAACAAACCUCCAAAUGGAGUCUCAAAUCAAACGGUCCUUUUCAGGACCACAA